UCGGCGCAUUGCUUUCAUCUCUACCAUACACAAGUGUUAUUGGCACAAUUUAUGUUGUGUGUUUGAAGCAUAAGAACGACAUGAUACAUUACUGAGGCACAUUGACUCGGGAAGCUACACAGAAUCGACCUACGUCUUUUGAACAUAAAAGUAACACAAGAAUUCAGUAUUCUCGUACAAAAGCGCAAUUGGAAGAAUUAGGAGUAAUUGUAAAGGACGAUACAAAAAGAGAAAGUUUAAAAUUGUUUGAAUAUUCUUAUUAGGAUUUAGAAAUCAAGAUGUUGACAUCGUCGGCAUCUCAGUACUUACACCCGGACUAUCUACAACCCCUACCAACAACGUUGGAUGCUAAGAAAAGUCCCCUAGCGUUGUUGGCUCAAACAUGCAGCAGUAUAGGGAAAGACUCUCCAAGCUCCAAGAACAUAAUUCCACCAUUAGAAAAGAAAGACAGAAAAAGUAGUUCACCAGAAGCUAAAAAUGACGACAAAAGAUCAAGUUCUGCAGACAGAAAAAGCCCAAAAUCUCCUAAACCUGGUUUCCGAAGUAUUCCACCUAAAGAUAUCCCUCCACUGGUCCCCAUCAGUAGAAGUAGUUCCAGCUCCCCUGCUAGUACAAGUGACAAACACCCUAGUAGCGAAUCUACUAGUACAACAAGCGUUAUUCACCAUCCAGUGACAGUUCCAGCACCUACAUCUGGUCACCAUAGUAACAGCAGCAUCAGUUUGAGCUGCGGAAGUAUGCGUCUCGAAGUUAACCACCACGAGGCUGCGUCCAGCAGUGGUGCAUCAAAGUCAUCAACCAGUGAAAGUAGUUCAAGCCAUAGUGCGCAUAGUGGUACCCCACUCAAGCCUUCCACCCACCCAUACCCAGGCUCUGUUCCCAGUUUAUACAGUCAUCCAUAUGGACAUAAAUCAGCUCUAGAAGCAGCAGCUGCUGCGUAUCAAGGACUCCCGAGUGCCCAUGGUCUAGGACUACCUAAAUUUGCACCAGGAGCCCAUCCCCAAACAGCAGGACUUUCACCCUAUGUGGCUUACGCUAGUGUAAAAACUGCCACCGGGGCAACAACUCUUGUUCCAAUCUGUAGAGAUCCAUAUUGCACGAACUGCCAGGUGACCAUGCAGAACGCUCAACUCACCCCAUCAGCAGCAUGUGGGGCUGGCUGUACUCAAUGUAACCACGAGAAAUCUGUAUCGGGAUUACCAAGCGUUUCAUCGAGUAAUUUAGGACUUGGACUACCAUCGGCAUCUUCUAUGAGCUUACCAGUGUUACCACUGGGGGCUGGGGCGUACAGUUUAGCUGGGGCGGCAUCACUUGCGGGAUCGAGUCUCCCGGGACUAUACCCUCAUAAUCUCAGCCUUUUAGCUGCCCAUGGACACCCUCCAAUGCCGUCAGGGGGAUAUGUAUGUAAUUGGAUGGCAGGCGCUGAAUAUUGUGGCAAAAGAUUUGGAACAUCAGAAGAAUUGCUUCAACAUUUACGGACUCAUACAUCUGCCAGUGAAUCGGCAUUGAACAGUCUUGCCUUAGCGGGCAUGCACGGUGGUCUCUCAUCUGCGUCAGCUCUAAGUGCUGCGUGUCAUUCACAUUACUCCACGCCAGGAGCACCUUUAAGUCCGAACACUUUAAGAAGAUUGUACCCAACAAGUCUAAGUCCAAACAGUGCGCUGGCAGCAGCCAGGUACCAUCCAUACAAGAGUGCACUCCCGGCUGUUCCUCCUCAAGGACUCCCUCUUCCAGGGGUCGGUACAUAUUAUUCACCGUACGCUUUGUACGGCCAAAGGUUGGGGGCAGUCGCACCCUGACUAUAGGGACAUGAUAUUUAGUUUGUAUAUAGUGUACAGUAAGAGAUAAUGUUUAUUAGUGUGUGUAUAUUGGAUUGUUAGUGUUAAUAUUGUACAUAAUCUGAACAAAGUUCGGUUAUAAAACUAAUAUAUAAAUAUAUAUGUAUACUUCAGUUGCCAAGCAUCAACGUUUGUCAUAUACGUUUUGUAUUCCGUAUUAAAUAUGGUAGAUACGAGAUCAAAAAGUGGAUUAGCGAUUAUGCCAAUUGUCAUUUACUUGGUCAGAAUGAUGUUUAAGCCUUCAGUUUUGACAAGGCUCCUAGUGAGUUCACUCUUUAUAAACAUUGGAAGUAAGAUAACAGAGUAAAAUCACACUGGGAAAACACAGUUAAAUUGACAUAAGGGAUAAUAUGCCCAGAUCUCAAAGUGGGGGAUCCCGUCAUUUACUUUAAUUACAAUGGAUAGUAUUAUGGGAUUCAAUUCGUAAAGAUAAAUGUGCAAUACUAUUUUGGAACCAGUUCAUCAAAUCAUCAAUUUGUUAAGUCUAUCCGUUGGUCACGUGACAGAGUAGUAUUAACUGUCAAUAUCAACAUUUACUUCUUUGUUCAAUUUAAUAUUGAAGUCAUAAAACGUGCCGAUAUUAUUGCGAAAGGCAAUUUUUAAUCAAAUGCGUCAAGUUCCAUUAUUUCCAGCCCUUUACUUUGAACUAGUCAUUUUUCAUCGUUGAAGAGUAAGAGAGGAUGUAACCCGUUUGAUCACUACAUUCCCUGUUGAGAUUGAUUUAUUGCAGUGCUUCUAAUUCAUUUACUUCAUUUUGAUGUGAAUGCUACUCCAAACUGAAAAGCCUUGCUUCCUAUAGAUUCAUGCAAUAUAUUAUCAUCACCUGACACUUUGGUCUCGUAUCAAAUGGCUGCAUGUUACACAUUAUGUUCAUUAAGAUUUAUUAAUAUCCUACACGAUCCUAAAAUAUAUCAUGUAGAUAUCGAUAUGGAAGGCUUUCAAGAGGAGCACUUCAGAGAGAACUGGAGUUUCUUGUUAUGUUACUGUUAUAGAUUAUGUUCUUUAUUUGAUCUUUAAGAUAGGAAUCUACUUUAUCAAUUAGGCCUUGGCAACUGGUAUAUGGAGUAUCGUCAUACACCAAAUGUAGAUUUUCUUUUAUUGUAUAUAUUGAAAAUGAAACUGCAGAGUUGAUAUGAAAAUUAAAUUACGUUACUAACUAGA